AUGAAUACAAUAGAUGCUUCGGUUCGUUCUUCUAUUCCCAAUAUCGAAAUUGCUCAACACUUAUGGCAACACAUCCGUGAUCGAUUCUCUGUGGUUAAUGGUACUCGAAUUCAACAGUUGAAAGGAGAGAUAGCUACCACAUAUCAAAAAGGCAUGACUAUUAGUGCGUAUUAUGGGAAACUUCGUACAUUGUGGGAUGAACUGUACGCAUAUGAUCGUCCGGUGGCUUGUGGUUGUGGUAAAUGCAUUUGUCCUCUUGAGGCGGAACAUGAAAAUCGUAAGGAUAAUGAACAAUGUCAUCAAUUUCUCCUUAACCUAGAUGCUGAGAUUUUUGGGCUUGCUCGAUCUCAAAUCCUUGCUCAAGAACCCUUACCGAAUCUCCAUCGGGUUUAUUCUGUGAUGGUGCAAGAGGAACGUUUGGGCACCAUUGGUAAGACUACAUCUUCUACUGUUGUCGAUGUUCACUCUUUUGCGACAAUUGCUCGAUUGAAGCCGCCGGCUCCUACACGACCUGCUACUCCCUCCGGCGCCUCGUGCAGUGUUUGUGGGCGGACUGGACACGACUCCAGUCGAUGCUUAAAGGUGGUUCCUUGCCCUCAUUGCAGCCGGACCGGUCACAAUCCAAAACAGUGCUACGAAUUGCUCGGUUAUCCUGCUUCAUGGCAACAAACUUCUACAGGCGCAUCUUCCUUUUCUGCAGGACGUGGUUCGGUCACUGCUGGUGCCGGUCGUGGUGUACCUCCCGUUGCAGGUCGCGGUCGUGGUAUGCCUCCGGUGCAGGCCAACGCUACGGGUGUGCUUCCCGUGGGUUUUUCGGCCGCCAGUGUUCCUCCACCCGGUUUGGCCACCUCACUUGCGACCACUGGCAUUUCUCUUGACCAGUGGUCCGCCUUGCUAAACUUGGUUCAAUCUCAGUUUUUCGCUGCUUCUAGUACUUUGACGGGUAAACCUUAUUCUCAUUUGUGGAUGCCAUUGGUUGUAAGUGGGGGUAUCGUGUUAAGCAUCGCUCUGAUGGCUCCGUUGAAAGAUAUAAGGCUCGCCUUGUGA